AACAAAAUUUAAUAACAAAGUCUCUCUUUGUUCCAUCUUCUCAUCUCCUCUUCCGCAGAAAAGAAAUGAAAACAGGUUCGCAAACUUCCAAAACAACAGAAUAAAUGGAAGCAAGGUACUGAGAUUUUGCUCCAGCUCUUCUUAUUCUCCUUCUUUUUCUUGUCUUCUCUUCUCCUUGUAUAUAUAUAAAUAUAAAUACACGCCAACCAAAUUUAUCCAAAUCUUUCUUCUUUCUUCUUGGUCAAUGGCUAUCUCCCAAAUAUGCUUCUAAGUCUCAUCUUGAUUGCCCAAAAGCGUCGCCUCUUCUACUCUUUGUUGCUGUCUAAACACUCUUGUUCAUAUGGACUUAUCUGGUAUCCUGAAGCUGCAAGUCAAUGCUAAUCAUAGUAUUCAUCUAUCAUACGGGGUUUGGUUUUUGAGUUUUUCAAUAUGACCAUGUUUCCUGUUCAUCGGCAAAACCUCAGGAAGAAAAAUAGUUUCGGUUGUUAUGGUGGGGCUUGCGGUGGUGGGCGGCGUUAUUUGGAAGGUGAGUAUGACUGUUUCAUCAGCUUAGGCGGAGCAUCUGAUCUAAUGGCUGAGGAUGAAUCAAGAACGGAGAUUAGUAUUAACAACGAAGAAACAGCAGGAUCAAGCUCCAAGCAGGAUAAUAUUCAUCAAGAGAUUAACAAAGAAGAUGAUGGAGGGUGGCUACAAUUGAGUUUAGGAGGUGGUACUCAUGUGCAGUCGACGAUGAGCCAUAAUAAUUACCAAAUUUCGUUGGGUCCAAGAUUAGUCGAGCUUGAUCUGUUACCUGGUGGCAGCGGUAGCAGCAGCGGUGGCGGUGAGACUUCCUCACAACAAAUAUUGAUGAGACCGCUAAAUAAUUUAACUGCAGCUCCUCUUCCUCCUCCUCCUCCGCAGCACCACCACCACCACCUCGGUUUUCAAGCUCCAGAUUUUCGAAGUUCUCUCCCGAUCAUAACAGCAGCGCCAUCGCCGACCUUCUUUUUGCAACAACAUCGGGGGUCGCCAGCUAGUACUACUAUCGAUUCCCUACCCGCCAUGACUUUUAUUCAUCAUGAUCAACAAUACGACAACAAUUUUCUGCCGUUUAGGCCUUAUCCGCUAACGCUUAAUCCUCAUCUAUCUUCAUCCCCAUCCUUUUCUGGUUCUUUGGAGCAACCACCAGGUUCAGGUUCUUAUCAAGGCCGACCACUCCAUUUCCCCGGUGGCUUAGAUAUAACCGGACCACCACCCCGUAUCGAUUUACGAGUGGUGGAUCCACCCAGAAGACCUCAUUCUGGUGUUUGGUUUAUUCUUCAAGCAUCGCAAAACCAAACAAAAGAACCGUAUUUGCCUCAAGUACCGAAGAGCUACCUUAGAAUCAAGGAUGGAAGGAUGACUGUUCGAUUGUUAAUCAAGUAUUUGGUUAAUAAACUCAAACUGGAUAGCGAAUUUGAGGUAGAAAUAACAUGUAAAGGACAACAACUUUUGCCCUUCAUGACGCUACAACAUGUAAGAGAUAACAUUUGGAAUAGUCCAAGAAACGAAGUUGUGUUUCCUCACUCCUCAGCCACCAUUGAUCACCUCAUGCUGCUCAACUACGGCAGGAUAGCAUGACCACUCAACUUAUAUUAAAUCUCGUCUAUACCCACGUCUUUGUAACACUGCUAAAUUAUGGGAAAUUUUUUUAUCCCCUUGUUUCCCUUCAUUAUUCUUGUGGGUUUUCAUUCUUCUUUCAUCCAUAUGUUCAUUUGAUUAUCUUUUAUACCCUUCCUUAAUUAGUACUUUUGUAGUAGUGUCAUCAAGGGAAUUGUUUCAAGAUACCCCUAACCUGAUAUGGAUUUGUGUGGGGAUUCGUACUAAACGUUUUUUUGUCGAGUGUAAAAUCGUAGAAUAAUUUUUUCAUAUACUUAAUUUAUUAUAUUCAGUUUGGCAUAGGAUGAUAUCAA